AUGGCCUCGACUAUCGUGCUCGUAACUGGAGCUAACAGAGGCAUCGGCAAAGGUCUUCUUCAGCGAUACUUGGCCAAGCCAAACCAUACCGUCAUCGGCACAGUCCGCGACCCGAACCAUGAAUCGUCAAAGAAACUGUCCGAACUUCCCAAAGGCGAGGGUUCUUCUCUCAUUAUUGUGAAGUUUGAUGUUACCAGCAAAACCGAGGGCGUCGAAGCCGUGAAGCAACUGGAAGCUCAAGGCGUUGAUCGAUUGGACGUAGUGAUUGCCAACGCAGGCGUUUGUUUCGCGUGGCCCAAGGUCUCCGACAUCACCGUUGAAGAGAUAGAAGGACACUACGUGCCCAACGUUCAUGGCCUUAUCUUCACCUACCAGGCUACCCUUCCCCUGUUGAAGAAGUCGAAGAACGGAAAGUGGAUUACCAUCGGAUCCUGCUCCGCAUGGCUCACGGUAUUUCAUAACCAACUUGACAUGCCUAAUGCGGCUUACGGCACUUCCAAAGUGGUUGCACACUGGCUUACCAAGGCCAUCCAUCGCGAAGAACCGGAACUCGUCGCGUUCCCUAUCGACCCUGGCUGGGUUCAGACUGAUCUUGGAAACAACGGUGCUCACUAUUUCGGGCACGAGCAAGCCCCUCUAUCGGUUGAUGACGUUACUGAGGGAAUCAUCAAGGUUGUCGAGGCCGCAACUCGGGAGAGCCAUGGUGGAAAGCUGAUUCAGUGGGAUGGUGCUGUGUUGCCUUGGUAA